AUGGAUUCAGGGAGUGAAAUGCUUACCUUUAGCCUCAAUAAUGGUGGAAAACGAGCAGGAGUCGCAUGGGGUGGAGAUCUAAUAACCAUUCUUUCCUAUUCCAACAUUAAGACCCAUACCCUAAUCAAUUUUCAUUCACUCUUCCUCUGCUCCCUUGAAGAUCAGCGCCGCCAACCCCUCUUCUCUCACGUGGCUCCUCCGGCGAGACCAUCCAUCGCCGACGAGAGUUUCCUCUCUCCACUCCCCAUCGCUCUCUCUCCUCUUUCCCUCCCCUCGUUUCCUCUCUUCUCUUUUAGGCGAGAAAUAACACCAGCUCCGACUAGCGGCAGCAACCGACAACAGCCAGCAGCCGGCGAGGAAGGCGGCGCAGCAAGCAAAGCAGCAAGGCUGAUGCUCCUCCUUUUCCCCUCUCAUUUUCAGCGAAGCAGCAACAGCAGCCGGCGACGACACCAGCUCCAACCAGUAGCUAGGAGAGACACCGCGAGGACUAGCAACAACAACUGCUCCGGCCAGCAGUCUGGCGGAACAAACAGCAACAUCAACAACUCCGGCGAAGCCAGAAGCUCCGGCGAAACACAUAAGAGGGUAGUGUUUGUAGCUUCACAGGUUCAGUGCCAGCAUUGGAUAGUAUUAUACCUGAUGACGAAGAUGUUCUUGAAGAAGAAAACAUUGUUAAAUGGCAAGCUAUGCAAGGUGAAGUUGAUUCUAAUGUUGCAGUUCAACUACAUGGCCUUGCAAAGAUAUUUGCUGGAACAACAAAGAUGGGAUGUUGUAAAUGCGAAAGGAAAUCUCCUUUUCAUGCCAUCAAGGUUUGAACACAAGUUCAAGAUAUGGAGAGCCUCCAUAGGAGGGAAACACUAGACAAGCUAAUUUUAUUUAAUUUGGGUUUUGUAUAUUAUUUAAUUUCUAUUAUUGUCUUGUAAUUAUUUGUAAACUCUAACUCUCUCUAUAUAGUGUAUGCUGUUAAUUUUAAUUUGUAUAGUGUAUGAUGCUCAUUAUUAAAAAAAUUACU